AUGGACAUACGGGAAUCGAAUCCUGCUGCCUCAACCAUAGUGUCAGCUUGCAAACGGAUAUUUAGUAGGCAGGGAAUACCAUCGGUAGUCGUAGGGGAUUCGGGUACGCAAUUCAACAGUAGAGAGUUUCUAAAGUUCGCAAGAAAUUGGGGUAUGAAAGUAACUUUGUCGUCACCACAUCAUCAUCAAGGAAAUGGGAAAGCAGAGUCGGCAGUCAAAAUCGUCAAACGUAUCUUUCGGCGAGCAGAUAAAAGUGGACAAGAUCACAAGCCCGCACCUGAGCCUAGGUCUCCGAAGCGAGGCGAGUCAACGACACAAAUAAAGUCUCCGUCAACAUCCUCGCAAGUAGCAGCUCAAACAAAGUCUCCGUCAACAUCCUCGCAAGGAGCACAAUCUUCGUUAACAUCCUCGCAUGGAGCAUCGCAGAUUGGUAUGGCAUCCCAACUAGACCUUCCAAAAGGAACCGAAGACUUACCAAAAGAAACCGAUGGAGCCAAGACUCCAACAGCACCGGGCAGAUAUCCAAAAAGAGAUCGAAAACCACCAAAACGUUUAGAAGCCUAUUGCUGA